AUGCUCGAUAUAUUUGAUUUCAUCGUUGAGAAGGGUGGGAAUCCUGAGCUGAUCAAGGAGUCACAAAGACGUCGCAAUGCUCCAGUAGAGGCGGUAGACGAAGUAAUUGCUUUGUACGAGGAUCACCGAAGAACACAAUACUCGGUUUCCCAGAUGAAUACGAGGAUCAAUGAUACCCAGAAACAAAUCGGCGCAAGGAAAAAGGCAAAGGAGGAUGCUGCUGAUUUGGUGGCACAAAAAGCCGAGCUAGAGAAGGAAAAGAAAGCCAUUAGCGAAUCUGCUGCCGAGAAAGAUCUACUUCUGAAGAAGAAACUGAAGACGAUUGGAAAUUUUGUACAUGAUUCAGUGCCAGUAGAGAAUAACGAGGAUUUCAAUGCUCUCCAGAGAGACUGGGCGCCAGAGGGUGUAAAGGUCGAAAAGCGAGAAUGCCUCUCACAUCAUGAAGUCCUCUCAAGAUUAGAUGGUUACGAUCCUGUACGCGGCGCAAAAGUCGUUGGACAUCGCGGUUACUUCCUGAAGAAAUGGGGUGUCUUCUUGAACCAGGCUUUAAUAAACUAUGGAUUGGAGUUCUUAGAUUCAAAGGGAUAUACACCAUUGCAAACUCCACAGUUUAUGUUGAAGGAAUAUAUGGCGAAAACGGCACAACUGGAACAAUUCGAUGAGGAGCUGUACAAAGUUAUUGAUGGGGAGCCGCAGAAUGACAAGUAUCUUAUUGCUACUUCUGAACAGCCAAUUUCUGCGUUUCACGCAGAUGAGUGGUUGGUCGCGAAGGAUUUACCAAUUAGAUAUGCCGGGUUCUCUUCCUGUUAUAGACGUGAGGCUGGCUCUGCUGGCAAAGAUGCUUGGGGUAUUUUCCGAGUGCAUCAGUUUGAGAAGAUUGAGCAGUUUGUCUUGACUGAUCCGGAGAAGUCAUGGGAAGCUUUCGACGAGAUGAUCAACUAUUCAGAAGAAUUCUAUAAAUCUUUGGGUGUUCCAUAUCGCGUUGUCGCUAUUGUGUCUGGAGCUCUGAACAAUGCCGCGGCAAAGAAAUAUGAUCUCGAGGCUUGGUUUCCAUUCCAGGGAGAGUACAAGGAGUUGGUGUCUUGUUCUAACUGCACAGAUUACCAGUCAAGAGCUCUUGAGAUUCGAUUUGGGGCCAAGCUACAGACUGAGAUUAGGAAGAAAUACGUACAUGCUCUCAACUCAACUCUAUGCGCGACCGAGAGAGCUCUGUGCUGCUUAUUGGAGAACUUCCAGACAGAGGAUGGAUUCAAAGUACCAGAACCUCUUCGAAAGUAUCUUCCGGGAGCAGUUGACUUCAUUCCAUUCACGAAAGAGCUGCCAAAGAACUCUACUUCUGCGACGUGGGGAAAGGAGGAUCAAGGCAAGUCAAAGAAGGCGAAGAAAGCACCUGCGGCUGCAACGACGGGUGCGUCCGAGGCUGCAGAUAAGAUCAAAGAAUUGGCCGUAUAA